CGCCGCAGCUCUGGCUCUGGCGUCUGGCUCCUGCGCGGCGGCCCGACCCGGCUAUCGCGCGGCGGAGCCGGGCGGCGAGGCUGCUGCUGGCAGGUUGUGCGGGACUGCGGGCCGCGACAUGGAUUGUCCUGUGCAGCCCGAAUUCCAGCCUUGUUGAGCCAGCCACACCAAGAACUUUCCAGCAGAGAAGCCCCUCCAAGCACUGACCAUGUCUAUCAUGGACCACAGCCCCACCACUGGGGUGGUCACAGUCAUUGUCAUCCUCAUCGCCAUUGCUGCCCUGGGGGCCUUGAUCCUGGGCUGCUGGUGCUACCUGCGGCUGCAGCGCAUCAGCCAGUCAGAGGACGAGGAGAGCAUCGUGGGUGAUGGCGAGACAAAGGAGCCCUUUCUCCUGGUGCAGUACUCUGCCAAGGGGCCAUGCGUGGAAAGAAAGGCCAAGCUGGUGACCUCCAGUGGCCCGGAAGUGCAUGGCUGAGCUGGGCUGUGAAGGCCCUGGUUCCUUUGCGGCCAGCCCAGAAGCACCGAGAGGGCAGAAGCAGACAUGAUGCUAUGUGAGAGGGGCUGACACUUGCCAGCAUGGUCUCUUCGGGCUUCGUCAUCGCAUGCACUGACUGCGGGUCCUAGCUGUUCCUGGCCUCCCCCCUCAGCCUCCUGGUGGGGCUGCCCAUUGCAGGCAGUGGGCAGGCCUGACCUUGCUGGGGCUCACGGCCCCUUAGCGCUUUUGUUACUUGAAUGUUUUAGCUGAGCCUGUUUUUGAUGGAGCUACUACUGUAAUGCGUGAACUCACCAACCUGUGAACUGUAAAUAGGCCCAGAAGCACGUGCUUAAGCCUUUGUGCUGAUUUUUAAAAAUACCACAUAGAGCCCAUGGGGCUGGCUUGAUGACUGUACUCACGGUGAGCUGAGGCAUGACCGUGGAGGGUCUUUGACUGGUCAGGCCCCAGGUGCCCUUGGCAGGGCUCAGAAGUUUAUCUGUGUGUAUGGAAAGAAGUGAAGGGCUGAGCGGCUGGGCGCUUGGGCAACUUCUGCUUGGUUAGUAAUGGGUAGAAGAAAAACCCCACCCCUCCCUUUCGACAGCUUCAGCUUUGUUAAAUAGCAGUGUGGGCAGAUGGCAGUCACUGCAAGGAAGCUGCUGCAUUUGUUUGGAAGCCUGUGACGGACGAGUCCCCGAGUCCUGAGGGCUGCCAGGCAGCUGAGCAGAGCAGUCUCUUGCCCUUUGGUCUUGAGCAUGCCCAGUACAUCCCUUCACAGGCCUACUGCUCUGGUCCUCUGGAAACACCAGAGCCUGUGGUGGCUACUUGAAGUCUGAAACGCAGUUGGCCCAAGCAAGCAAGGUUUUGUUUUUGUAUUUAAUAUUUUCUGCACUGGAGUGGGGGUGGGGGGGAUAGGCGAUUCGGUUUUUGUUGUUGUUUUCUUCCCACCUUUUCACAAGUGAGCUUCCUUUCCUCUCCAAUGACUGCUCACUGGCUGGGUAUUGGGUUUCACUUUGAUCCACGGAGCUUUGUAGACAGAGCCCCCUGACUCAGCUCUAAUGGCACUAUGUGCUAUAUAAGAUCAUUUCUAGUGUGUACAUAUGCAUUUACAACAGCUACCAGGAUUCAAAUUCAGGGAGGUAAGGGAGCCAGCAGCAUGUAUCUCCGGGAUAUCCUUUAAGUCCAUGCCUAUAAACUUGCUUAGAUGUUAAUCCCACCACUGUAAGUGCAUUCUAAACCAUUAUGAUAAAAACACGAAUGUGCUGGCAUCUUUGGUGAUGAGAAAAGGUGGCCAGCCCUGGAUUGGCCGGCACACCAAUGGGCAGGAAGCAGAGAGCUUCAGGCCAGGCUGGAGACAGCUUUAAAAUGCAUGUGAAACCAAUCCAUUCUCUGGAACCCCGAGGGAGGAGCUGUAGAGGACACUUUUUAGCAGUGUAUGCCUCAAAGUGGGGCUGUGUGUAUCAAAUGUUAAGGAACAGCUCUAGGUGAGGGGAGACAGCUGGAAGGACAUUUGUGAAGGUAGGAAUAAGACACCUCUGGUGGGCUGCUGCCGAAGAACAGCUUAAACUCUUGGACCCCAGUGAGAUAACUAAGUCAUGGAAGAGGUAGUAAGGGGUAGACUGGCCACUGGCAGAGGCAGCUUAAGCUAGCUUAGAUGCAUGCUGCACCUGGAAGCAGUGAUGCUUCAGGUCUAGGAGGUAAACAGGAGGUAUGAAAGGAUCGCCCCAGAGCUGGCAGAGGCUGAGGGUUUUGAUCCAUUCUCACCCCACUUCAGCUUUCUACCUCUAAUUCUCCUUGCAGCCAGCAGCCUAUCUACUGCUGAUCCUUUAGCUUCACCACCCACUGAUCCAAGAACAGGUUGACCUAGGCUUUCAGUGUGAGCCUGGCUCCUGGAAAUGCUCAAAUCACUCCACUGUCAGACAUGUUGCAGCUUUUACUAUGCCAAUGACAUUUCUCUUUUUCAGACAUCACAUUCUUACCAGUUACUUUCGGGUAGCUUCCUGUCUCCUCCCCAGUUGCCAGGGAGGUCUUUGGCAUUUGAGUCAGCCCAUCCAGAGUGGGAUGGAUUGCAGAGUAACUUCAGACACUGUGGGGCACUGGUAGAAACACCUAUAGAACUAGUGAACAACCACACAAGUCUUCCCUGUCUUUGUUUAUCACUGGCUACCUUUGUUUUCUAAGUGUACAUCAGAGCCAUACACUCCAGUGGUUAAUAAGUUAUGACUUCUCUUCAGAUUCUUUCGCAAAAGUGCAACCCUUGUGGUGAGGUCUUCUGAUGAGUAACAAACUAGCCUUUCGUCCUAGGGAGCAGGCAGGAACGCCAAGGCUCAGCCACUGAAGCAAGACUGACUUUCCUAGAUAAAUCUUCAAAUGGACUGUGCUACUGUUAUGUCUCAAAGCUACCAAGUUUGUGCAAUAAGUGGAAGGGAAGGGAUACCAUUCCUGAUCAAUAAAUGCUGAAUGACAUUCAAGUUCAUUUUCUAGACCACUGAGAAAAAUCUUUAUUUACAAUAAAUCUCAAUAAAAUUUGCAUAAAUAUA